CAGAGUACCUAUGCCGUUGCUAACCGGUGUGAGCUGUGAUGUCCUACCUCAGUGAAUCGAUCAAUCUCUUAUGUGCUUAACUUGUGGGUCUCAACUAAGGCAGUCUGCGUCCUUCGAAUUCCAGGCAACAAUGCAUUCCGAUAGUUGCUGUGGUGCUUAAUUCACGAGGUUGGGACCUUUUGAUAAGAUUAGCAAGGUCCUACAAUUAUAUAAGCACUCCAGUUUCAGAGACGGCACUAGAGACGCUUGGACCCUCACCCAGCUCAUGGUUCAUGGCGCCAUCCCUGCUUGAGCUUCACGACUCACACUCGCACAACAUCUCCUUCAACCAAUUGCUCUUAGCAGUCCCCACAGCUCAACACCAGGGACGACAACAUGCCUUCAGGCAACGGAUCCGAAGACGACGCCGCCCAACGGCCCCUCUUGGCCGACACCCAUGAGGAGUACGGCGGGACAGACGGGCCAGCCCCUCCCGUGCUCAUCCCCGAGGAGCGCGGAGCGGGUACCUUCACGCGCAACCUUGGCGCCGUCGAGGCCUUUGCCAUUGUCAUCAGCAUCGUCAUCGGCAGCGGUGUCUUCACCUCCCCCGGUUCCAUCGACACGAACGUACCCUCACCCGGCGCCGCUUUGGUGGUUUGGCUCGUCGGCGGUGUGUUGGCCUGGACCGGCGCGAGCACUAUGGCCGAGUUAGGAACCGCUAUCCCGGGCGAAGGCGGCAUUCAGCCCUUCCUGCAGCACAUCUACGGCGACGUCUUCGGCUUCCUCGCUGCCUGGACCUGGAUCGUGGCGGUCAUGCCCGCGACCCUGGCCAUCCUAAGCAUCGUCUUUGUAGAGAGCAUCUACUCCGCCGGCGGGGUCACUGACCAGGCCGGCGCCCUCCCCCACAAGCUGUUCUCCAUCCUGAUCCUCGUCGUCAUGAACGGCGCCAACUCCAUCAGCACCAAGGCCAGCACGCGCCUGAACAACCUGUUCGUCGUGACCAAAUUCGUGAGCAUCUUCGCCGUCGUGCUCGCCGGCGUCGUCGUGGUCAUCCUGCAGGUCUCGGACCGUGAUCGAGACGUGGGUGGCAGGGACUGGCUCAACAGGCCGUGGUUCGGCAACCGGAAGACGGCUGUGCCUGGUGGUGGUGAGGUUGACUGGAACAAGGUCGGCGCGUGGGAUAUGCUUGGCUACUACUCGGCCGCGCUCUAUGGCGCUCUCUGGGCGUACUCUGGCUGGGACAAGGCCGUUUACGUGACGGCCGAGCUUCAGCAUCCCGCCCGUCAGCUCCCUCUGGCCAUCAACACGGCCGUUCCGACCAUCGUCCUGUGCUUCAUCGCCGCGAACGCAGCCUACUACAUACUCCUCCCCUGGGACGUCGUGUCCAAGACUGACAGCGUGGCGGUGACCGCCAUCAGCCGCCUCCUCGGCCCCGGCUUCGGCAUCCUCGCCGCCGUCCUCAUCUGCCUUGUCGUCGCGGGCUCCCUGCUCGGCAACUCAUUCGUGGCGGGCCGCAUGACCGUCGCUGCGGCGAACUUCAACUGGUUCCCCAGCUUCUUCGGCUACGUCGGCCGCGUCGGCUUCAAGUCGGACGACGACGGCUCUCCCGCGACCUCGUCCGACGAGACGUCGUCCUCCGGCGCCCCUCCCAAGGACAAGCCGGACGCCCCGAUCAACGCGCUCCUACUCUCAACGCUGCUCUCGGCGCUGUACAUCCUCUUUGGCAACUUCCGCGCACUGCUGACCUUCAACGGCCUGGGCGAGUACACCUUCUUCUUCCUGACGGUCCUCGGUGCCGUCAUCCUCCGCGUCCGCGAGCCGAAGCUGCGCAGGCCGUACAAGCCGUUCGUGCUGAUCCCCGUCGUGUUUGCGUUGGUGAGCGGUUUCGUCGUCGUGAGGGGCGCCAUCUUCGCGCCGAUUCAGGCCCUCAUUCUCGUUGUCCUCUGGCUCGUCGGCCUCGGGUUCUACUGGGCCAGGAGGAAGUACUACGCACGCCUUACCAGAGUCGAGUGAUGGCGCAACCCAUCUCGAUGCUUAGCCUGGGGGAGUCUGUUUUACAAGUCCAUUGCCAGUCGUGCGAUCGUAUAAACAUUGUGAACAAUUUUGGUAUGUGUCAUUCAUCGUGCCGAAACGUGAACCAGGCAAACGAGUAUAGAGUUCGCGUAAAACUAGAGACCAUACAUAGUACAAGAGACUGGGGUUCCAUGACCACCUUUUCUCCACUCAGAGUUCCUCGCUCUUCUCGUCGUGCUUGACGGGAUCGUCGAGGUCCGCAAACAGCUUGACGCCCCAUCUCUUGCUCGGGUUGCUCAGUCUGUGCUUCUUGUCCUGCUUCGCGAUCUCCCGGAGCUCCUCGUCGGAGAACUUGAUGUCGAGCGCCUUGCGGUUCGAGACGAUGUGCGAGUCCUUGGUACUCUUGGGAAUCACAAUGGUGCCCCUCUGGACACCCCACGCCAGCACGGCCUGAAAGACGGAGACGCCCUUCCGCGCGGCGACGCCCUUCCAGAAGGGGUCGUCGUAGAUGGCCGGGAUGUGGUCGCUGUACGUCGGGUUCGUGUUGGCGAGCGGCGAGUAUGCGAUGACCUCGAUGCCCUUCUCCUUGUGCCAGUCGACAAAACCCUGCUGCUGGAGGUACGGGUGGGUCUCGAACUCGUGGGCGAAGGGCUUGAUCUCGGCGACCUCGAGGAUCUUCUCAACGUCGGCGCGGGCGAAGUUGGACAGGCCGAUGUGGCGGGUGAGGUUGGCGCGGACGAAGCCCUCGAGCGUGCGCCAGGUGUCGACGAUGGAGGUCUCGGUGUCGAGCUUGUUGUCCGGGUCGCCGGGGACGAAGGCGACGGGCCAGUGGAUGAGGUAGAGGUCGAGGUAGUCGACGCCGAGGUCGGCGAUGGACUUCUUGAUGGCGGCCUCGGCCUGCUCGGCGCGGUGGUCCGAGUUCCAAAGCUUGCUGGUGACCCAGAUGUCCUUGCGGGCGACGCCCGAGUCGGCGAUGCCCUUGCCGGUCUCGUCCUCGUUUCCUGUAGAUGAGGGCGGCGUCAAUGUGGUCGUAGCCCGCCUCGCCGACGGCAAAGGACACGGCGUGCGCCACCUUGCCCUUGUCCGACAGCCAUGUUCCCAAACCGAGAGGCGGAAUAGCGUUCAGGCCGGGAAGAGAAGCUUGGGCCAGACCCGCAGCGGCGGCGGCGGAGACUAGCGCUGUGAGGUGAACCAUUGUGGCGUUGAAGCUAUUCGGUCACACUUGGCGAUGGUGUUGAGGAAUGCUACUGAGCAACCACACAAAAGAAUGGGAAUCGGAGCCCUUUUGACAAAUUCCCCCCCUCCUCCUCCUCCUUC